GGAUUAUUGGUUUGUUACUAUAGACAAAUAUUUAUAAUGUUUAAAGCGUGAUAUUUUCUGAACAGUUGCUUAUCAUAUAGAUUAUAUACAUAUAUAUACAUGCAAGACUUCAGUUGACUUUUACCAGCCGCAACCUAUUCUCCACCUGCGUUAAAGGCAAGCUUCCUCGUUUGGCCACCCCUAUGUGCAUCUACCAGUUCACCUGCUCUUGUGGAGCAAGGUACAUCGACUGUAGCCAGAGAAUGCUUUCUACAUGUAUACGAGAACAUGUUCCUGCUUGGUUUUAUAAAGGUGAAAGAAAGUCUGUUAGAAGUUCGAUUCUAGUACAUUUGAUUGACUUCCAUGAUACAACAAACCCAGAUAAUGACUUCAAAAUUGUUUAUCAAAUUCUCCCAAACCUCAUACGUUCGCUUUGUUUUCAACUCCUUAAAACAGCGGAGGCUUCAGCGAUUCAUGAACUAAGACCUGAUCUGUGUGUACAAAAGAAGUAUGUGAAGUCACUGUCUUUGUCAUGGCCAUAACAUUUUCCCACCCCCA